GGCGCCAAAGCCCAAAAUACUGCAAAAGUGUAUAAUCUAUGUACUGCAGGUGUCAAAUAGUUUCCUUACUGUAUAAAGCCUUUUUAAAACCAACAAAUUUACCAUUUUCUCAUUCAGAUUCAUUGACAGGGUUGUUUGGGGUGAUCCCGUUGAACAUUACUCGAAAAAAAAUGAGAAUUAACAGCGAUUGCAAACAUGAUGAAUACCAAUAUCUCAACCUGGUGAAACAGAUUAUAGAAACAGGUGAUGAACGUGUAGAUAGGACUGGAGUGGGAACCAAGUCUAUUUUUGGAGCUAUGCAAAGAUAUUCCCUCAGUAAUAAAGUUUUACCCCUUCUUACUACCAAACGCGUUUUCACCAAGGGGGUUAUAGCAGAGUUAUUGUGGAUGAUUUCGGGUUCCACAGACAGUAAAGCUCUAGCUAGUAAGGGUGUUCAUAUUUGGGAUGCAAAUGGAUCUAGAUCAUUUUUAGACAAUUUAGGAUUUACAGAUCGUGAAGAAGGUGACUUGGGUCCUAUCUAUGGCUUUCAAUGGAGACACAGUGGUGCUACAUAUAAAGAUUGCAAAACUGUGUACACCGACCAGGGGAUUGAUCAAUUAAAAAAUAUUAUUGACACUAUCAAGAAGGAUCCUGCUAAUAGGAGAAUGUUAAUGUGUUCAUGGAUACCAUCUGAUAUUAGUAAGAUGGCACUUCCUCCUUGUCAUUGCUUAGCCCAAUUCUAUGUGGCUAAUGGCAAACUUUCUUGUCAAUUAUACCAAAGGAGUGCAGAUAUGGGUCUAGGUGUCCCUUUCAAUAUUGCUAGCUAUGCAAUCUUGACACAUAUGAUUGCACACUUAACUGGACUUGAGGCAGGAGAAUUUAUCCACACUACUAGUGACACUCAUGUGUAUCUCAAUCACAUAGAACCAUUAAAAAUACAAUUAGAAAGAGAACCAAGACCUUUUCCUACAUUAGAAUUCAGCAGGAUGAUUCAAUCCAUUGAUGAUUUCAAACUUGAGGACUUUGUAAUUAAGAACUACAAUCCACACCCUAAGAUUGAUAUGCAAAUGGCUGUUUAAAAUCAAUGUUUCAAGGAUAAUUGUA